UAAAUGCUUCCUGUUUUCUAGGUCAUAAAAUUCAGCCCAUCCAAAUAGCUGAUUCUUUGUAUGCUAUUUAAAGCAUAAAAUAAAAGGGAAAUAAAUAUUAUAACGAAUUUUAAUUUGUUAAGUCAAGACCUUCAUUGUGUCAAGCACACAAACGUUCAUUUACGUGCAAACAGGACGUGACCGAUUUACCUGAACGUUCCUAAAUAAAACAAUAUCUGCCAUAGUUGCGACACACGUCUGACGUCAUCAGUAAAGGAGAAGUUGAAGGGCAUUAUAACGACUUCAAAAUGAAUGUAUUGACCAGCUUUAUCAAUAUUCAUCAGUUUCACCAAACUAUACCGUACAUACUGUAGUAGUUUUGUUUCUUCUGGAAUUUUCCUUGUUCCUUGAGCAAUAAAAUGACGAAUCACUUGUUAUUUGGGUGUGCGAAAGAAACAAAUGUGUUUGUCAUGAAACUGCAUAUAAUCUCAAAUGUUUUCAUACUUAAUAUGCUUAUUGUAUGACACAUUUUUGACUGUUCGUUCAGACUCAAAUCAAUAAUUUCUCAGUUUUAUAUGGCAUUAUAGACGGGUAUCUGGGUGAGCAGUUAAAGCAUUACAGCUGAAAGAAACUGCCGUAAGAGGAGUCAUUGUCAUGCUUUAUGACUGAAACUGGCCUUAAUGUGACAGAAACGCCCUGAUCAUAAAAACUGAGCUGAUAAGAGAGUCUAAAGGACAAUAACUGGUCUCGAGCGCAGUUAUUCAGUGCAGAACAAGAAGCUGCAGUUCACAUCACAGAGGAGUGAAACCUGAACAAUCAAUAUGAAGUCUUUAGGCCUACUUUAUUUUCUGAUGGUCAUUCUUACAUGUGGAUGGGUGUCUGGUUCGUCCAUGGGCCCACAGUGUACAGAUAUCGUCAAUCAUGGCACUGGAGAAGACAAGCUUUAUAGAUUUUACUUUGACCCCCAGAUAAGAGCCUGUACCCCCUUCUUCUACAAAGGACAGGGCGGCAACAACAACCGUUACGACUCUGAUCAAGAAUGCAUGAAAGCAUGCUCGUCAAACUACGAUGAGGUCUAUCCCACUGAUGAUGGAGUGUGUUCUCUGCCUCUGGACUAUGGCAGCUGUUUCGCCAUUAUUCCAAAGUAUUAUUACGACAGUACAGAGAAGAACUGCCGAAUGUUCUUGUAUAGCGGUUGUCAAGGGAACGGCAACCGCUUUGAUUCCAGCGAAGAGUGCAAAAAGAUCUGUCUAGCUAAAUCUGGAAGACUCCUGGGUGCUGACGAUGCUCCAAACCCUGAUCAGAAAACUGUUAAUGCAGGGCUGAUCGUUGGCGUUUUGGGCGGUCUUGUGUUCGCUGGCGCGGUCAUUUCUGCUAUUGUGAUGUUUGUGCUUCGUAAGAAGAGCAAGAAGGCCGAUAGGAAGCAAGUGCCGACAUCUGAUAUUGAAUUGAACUAGACACUGUGACAACAUCCUGUCUGUACAUAUACUGUAUGUCAUUAGUGCUUUUGUUUUUUUACAUUUAUACCAGUCAUGUCUCAAAAGUGAUAGAAAAACGGGUAUACAUCAAUGCAUAUUUAGUGUUCAUAAUUCAAAUGAUUUUUACUGACUAGUGGAGUUCAGUUAUGAAUGGGACACCAGACUCUGUACUGUAUGCUGUAAAAUCAUGAUUUAUUGGGGGGGCGUUCCACCAUAUGAGGUUCAUUAUUGUACUUGAUCAAAUCUGAGGACUCUUUUCAGCCUUGCUGAAAUAAUGUAUCGAUGUCUUAAUUGAAAACAAGUCUUUGUUAUGUGAUGAGAAGUUUUAUUAGUGUAAUAAAGACUAAACAUUCUUA